AUGCCUCGAUCCUGGCAACCCAAAGAGAUCCUAUGGGGGAUCCACCUCGGGGUUUCUCUCUCGCUUCCCCACAUCCUCUACAGUUACGUCUAUGUUCCGCUCGGUGUGAUUGCAAUUCUUGCCAUUCUCUAUGGGAUUCACCAGCUUUUAACCUCGGUGAUUCAUUUUGUCUUCCCGGCCUCGGUCCUCGCGCUCCUUAUCCAUUUUACAGGGCUCUGUUUUUCGUCACGCUUUUUGGGCAAACAGCGCACAGCCAAGUACCUCAAGCUUCUUGACGUCCCCGCUGGCUGGGCGCUCCGCUGGAUCAACAUCUUCUUCACCCCCAGCUUUAUCACGCUUCCGCUCAGCGAUAAGGUAUCUGUCAAAGAAGCACUCACCAUUGCCGGCGUGUUUGUGUUUGGCUACCUCGUCAUGAGUAUCGUUUGCGCUUACACGCUCGUAGGGCUCCAGAGAUUAACCGGAAGAAGCAGGAAAGACGGUGUGGUCAGAGCCGAAGAGUUGCAUCGACCGGAUGACGUUCCGCUAGACGAGUUGCCUCUCGGAAGUGAGACCGAGAGUGGUCGGACAAGCCCAGAGUUGGACAGCUCCUCCAACCUCUUUAUCCCUAGCGUAGACGAGACACCAGCGGAUUCAACCACAGACUUGCUCCCCCCUCCAAAAACCGCAAAUUCAUCAAACCCGCGUAAUCCUGGGGUGGGACUCGAUCAAAACACCUCAAGUGGCAUUUGUGAGCGUGAAACAUACUUGGACAUGCAACAGAAGCAUUACCGUAAUUCUUCCGACACAACCAAGCUUGUGGCCACCUUUAUCACUGCACACUUUGACUGGUUUGUAUAUGGAUUUCUUUUCCUCAUUGGAAUUCCAAUUUAUUAUGUCUUGGACUAUGCCAUGCCCAUCCAGCUUGCCACAGGAGUGCUUUUCUUUUUUGCGGCCCUCCUUCCGCCCCCCCGAUUCCGUCAGUUUGUCCACCCUAUCCUUCUAUCCAUCAGCUGCUGUCUCCUUGUGUUUUACAUAUUGUCGCUUAUGACUCCCAAACCCCACCACCAUUCGUUUAUCGAAACCAUCAAGAUGUACAAGACGGGCAGAAACUACUUGUACUUGUUCAAUCCCCAAUCGUUCUCCGGUAAGCUUCCAGGCGCGGGCGAUGUUCUCACCUCCUUGAUGGAUGUGUCGAUUGUGGCACUUUCGGUGCCAAUGUUCACGUAUCGCGGGGACUUGCGUCGCCACGCAGUGAUCUUGAUCCCUCCGUUGGUGAUCACCAUCUGUGGCUCAUUCUUUGCCUACCCUCCGUUGUGCUACCAGUUGGGCAUUUCGCCCGCCCGUUCGCUUGCCUUUACCGGGAGAUCUGUAACGCUAGCCUUGGGGACGCCGCUCGUGACCUCCUUGGACGGUUCGAUUCCGUUGAUGGCGGUCACGACAAUUCUAUCUGGGAUUAUCGGUGUGCUCACGGGUCCGCUCUUUAUGAAAGCCAUUCGAAUCGGCAAGGACGACUAUGUUACGCGUGGGAUCACGUUGGGGACCAACUGCGGGGCAGUUGCCACCGCAUGGUUGAUGACGGUGGACCCCAGGGCCGCCGCAAUGAGUUCAAUUUCGUUUGUGCUUUUUGGGGUGGGGAUGGUGGUGCUAGGAGCCAUUCCAAGCGUGGCUGCGUUGCUAGCGCUCACUCCAACACUCCUGAACAUGACAGUGUUAACAGAUACCAAAAUCACCGCUACCAGGGUAUGGACCACUCUCAUCACGAAUACCGACUACCUCCCAGGAUUGCUAGCCCUCGACUAUUCCUUGAAGCGCGUGGGAUCGAAGUACCCUCUCGUCGCCCUAUACACCGACACGUUCACGGAGGACGGUCACCAUGAAUUAGAUGUACGCCAGAUCCCGAAGCUCCGCAUCCGGUACUUGCUCCCAACCGCCCUGAAAGACUACACCAAUGAUGUUAGAUUCUACGACUGCUGGUCAAAGUUGCAACCUUUCCUGUUGGUGCAGUUUGACAUGGUGGUACAGCUAGACAGCGACAUGGUGGUGCUCCAGAACAUGGACGAGUUGUUCGACAUUGAGUUAUCCAAGAACUCGGUCUUUGCUGCCUCUCACGCCUGUGUGUGCAACCCAUACAACAAGUCACACUAUCCUAGGAACUGGACCCACGACAAUUGUGCUUACUCGGACCCACGUACCAACCAGGUGGGGAAUUCAGCCAUCUGUGUAGGCCCUCUGGCCAGCGCUGGGUUGGGGAUCUGCAACGGUGGGCUCCAGGUGGUGAAACCGUCCCAGGAAACGUACAACAAGAUCAUUCAGGCGAUUAGCAAGCCAAGCAAGACCGAGAAUUACGAUUUUGCGGACCAGUCGCUACUCUCGGACGUGUUUAACCACCAGUGGUUGGGAUUAAGCUACGUGUACAAUGCGUUAAAGACCCUUCCGCAGAUCCACAGCGAAAUCUGGGACGUGUCAAAGGUGAAAAAUGUCCACUACAUCCUCGCGCCAAAACCAUGGGACUUGGCCAGUGACCCAAUGAACGGGACGUAUCAAGGAGACGGAACAACUAGCGAGAACGGCAAGUGGGAAAGCUUUGUUGACGACACUGAUACCUUUAAGUAUUGGUUUGAGAUUAACAACGAGAGGGUGUUGAGAGAGAGAGAGCCGGAGAGGCGCACCACAGGCAGCAAGCACACCCUUUAA